CAGUGUUUCAGAGAUUUUUAUGGAUGGAGAAUGAAGCAGUGUUUCAGAGAUUUUUAAGGAUGGCGAAUGAAGCAGUGUUUCAGAGAUUUUUAAGGAUGGAGAAUGAAGCAGUGUUUCAGAGAUUUUUAAGGAUGGAGAAUGAAGCAGUGUUUCAGAGAUUUUUAAGGAUGGAGAAUGAAGCAGUGUUUCAGAGAUUUUUAAGGAUGGAGAAUGAAGCAGUGUUUCAGAGAUUUUUAAGGAUGGCGAAUGAAGCAGUGUUUCAGAGAUUUUUAAGGAUGGAGAAUGAAGCAGUGUUUCAGAGAUUUUUAAGGAUGGAGAAUGAAGCAGUGUUUCAGAGAUUUUUAAGGAUGGAGAAUGAAGCAGUGUUUCAGAGAUUUUUAAGGAUGGAGAAUGAAGCAGUGUUUCAGAGAUUUCAAGUGUCAGACUCAACAGUUGCAAGAUGUGUGGAAACUAUAUCUGAAGACGUGAUUACUGAGCUGAGCAAUGGUCAUGACAAUGCAGACUAUUUCAGCCUAGUACUAGACACGUGCACAGAUAGUUCAGACACUGCACAGUUAAUUGUUUGGGUGUAUUUUUACUGUAGUGAAAAAUUUGUGGAGGAAAUGCAUACAUUACUGCCCAUUACUGGCCACACACGAAGAGAGGGUAUUUACAAUAAACUGAUGACAUUUAGUGAAGUAACAGGUAAAAAUAUUGACUUGAAGAUGGCUGAGAUUCCACAUUUCAUAUCCCUGCAAAAUACACCAGGAAAACCUGUCCUGCAAGUUAUGGAAAGCAUCUCUGAAAACUACAAAGGAGGUUGUGGCUUGGUGACCUUUAUCUACACCCUCCAACACAGAGAGCUCAAACUUUUAGUUGAGAAGCAGGAAACCCGUGACAGCGGUUGGGUGCUCAUGCAGAAUUAGGAUGACUUGGUCGUGGUCAGGUGUUGACUCAUUUCAUGGAGCUGCUUUCUGCCAUCAGAUUGUUUGGAAGAGAAGAGCUGCUUUCAUUUACUCAUCCCUGAAUGAUGAAAUGCCAUCAUAUGAACACUUAACCGCAAGCUACAAUCCUACCUGCUUAGCAAUUCUGCAUUCAGAGGUAACCAAAGCUAAUGUACAAGAAAAAAAACUGAUAGAAUUGCAGCAUAGCAACGUUCUGAAAGUUUUAAACAUCGAUGGGGAUCAGCAAAUCAAAACUUUGCACAUCUCCCAGUGACAAACAUUUGAAUGACUGUCUUCUUGCAGCAACAAGCAUCAACCACAUGGUAAAAAGAUGGUGAAGACAAUGCAAACACAGCCCUCUUAUUACUUGUGCCAUCGAGAUCAUUCAGGUGUCAAAACUGACCCAAGAGAUGCUGGAUGAACAAUGCACGAUGACACGCAACAAGUGUUCCUUAUCCAGGAUCUGGGAUUUCUGCAGCAUUGUCAUUUCAUAGAUUCACCCAACUACCUUGACCAUGUAUCGGAACAAGUGGACAAAUACAGGGGGCAGACUGUGCCUCUGAAGAAGCCAGCAGGGUAUCCAAUGAGAAUUGGGGGGCUAGAUGACACAAUCUAUGCAGAAAUGGAGGAUGAGCUUGAAGCAUGGGAAGAUUUCUACCUUCCUGAAAGAGUAGAGAUGAGAGUUAUCGGUGCCAUUGAUAUGUUCCCGAGUCUGGCAGUGGGUCUGCAGCUGAUCAUUCUGGCAGGCAAAGAUGGCAACAUCUAUGCUUAUGAAAAUGAGGUGUUGCACCAAGUGGCCGACAGCUUGCAGGACCUCUUCCAAAAGGGAAUUGAGUUUCCUGGAACCAAAGUCUACAACUAUGGGGAAUGUUUUGCUCCUAUGACGGAAGAAGAAUACGAUGAAUUAAUGCAGGAUGAAGAAGUAAAGAAAAUGAAAGAGGAGACCAGGGAAUUCAUCAAAAGCAACGAAGCCGAAUUUCUGAGCAUACUGGCCCGCAUUGAAGAAAAAGAGAAUGCAGAAAAGGUUGCGUCCAAUGCAGUUGUGCCUUCUGACCACCACCGCCCCAAGAAUGUUGUAGUUCAGUUGUGGAAGCAUGCAGAUGAAUCGUUCAUAUUUCAUUUAAAUGAUGCCUAUUAUGAGAUGUGGUGCAAGAUCUUCCAGCUGCUAGGGCUGACACGUGAAGAGCUGAAAAGUAAUGGGACUUGUAGAAAGUUGAGGCGCUGUUUCAGAGCUCUUCCAUGUGCCGCACAGACUCUCCUCUUGAGUACAUCAUGAUUUUUAAAGUCUGUGCCUUUGGUCCUGAAAAGAGAAUUGUCCCACAACUGCAAUGGCACCCAAACAGUUACAUGUUAACUGCCAAUGCAGGAUGAGUAUUUUGAAGAGUGCUCAAUAAAUUAUCAAAGGGCUUGCUCAACUCCAAAGAAAACUUGAAUCUUAAUUCACAACAUUCACUUUGGGUGCUUUGGUCAAAGAUAAAUAUUACAUUUUACCAUAAGACCAGCACUCACUUCAAAUUUAAUUAUUAAUUUAUUUAAGACAUUUUUUUCUUUUUUUAAAUGGCAGCUACGCAAGCACAGACAGACACGUUGUGGCUAGAUGCCUUCCUCAGAGUGCAUUCAAACAAACUUAAUUACAUUUUUAUACAAUUGAUUGGUGAUUAUUAUAAUUUGUUAAUUAAUUUGCUCUUAAAGGGAAAGUCAACAUUACAAUAAAACAAUACACAAAAGAAAAACAAGCUAUUUUUAUUUCUGUAGUUUUAUUGUAGUGUUGGCUUUCCUUUUUUAAGAGCAAAUUAAUUAAUUAUAAUAAUCACCAAUCAAUUACUGUGAAGCCGUAAAUAUUUGCGAGCCUUUUAUGGUGCAUUUUUCACGUAUGAAAAAAAAACGCAAACAUUGUUGGCACUAAUAUCAAACUCCACUAACAAUACAUACUUCAUAUAUUGCAAAAGGUAGCCAUAUUUUCUGGAGCAAAAUAGGUUUUAUGGGUGUGAUUCGCCAAAUAGUUUGGUUGCAAAUAUGUAUGGCUUUACAGUAUAUAAAAAAGUAAUUCAUUUUGUUUGACGCUCAGAGGAAGGCAUCAGUGAUCUUGUUGGCAAUGCUAGAAGCUUAGAUCUAUUUAAAAGCCAAGGUUAGCACUCUUUGAAAUAUACAGUUGUGUUCAAAAGUUUGGAAACAGCAAGAUUAGGGCUGGGGAUUGUAUUGAAGGUUUUCCUCACUCAGUUCCCUUUUCUUAAUAUCUUGGUACCCCUGAGUGGAUGAUCCUCAUUUGCUGUUUCCAAACUUUUGAACACUCCAGUUUAUAGUUAUGCACUGACACUCAUCAUGGGAUAUUGACCUGCUGCUAAAUGUUUAACUGUCAGUGUUAUAUGGUGGGACAGCCACUUACUCAGGAUAUUUUUAGUUCUCUCGAAGCAUCCCGAUAAACAGGGCAGACUGUACAAUGCUUAAAGGGAUGCAAUCAUGUAUAUCUACCUUGUAAAGAAGCUCAAAAGGCGAAACUCUCUUAUACUGUGGUGUUUGGUGAGCCAAAUAAGAGUAUACAUUUGCAUAGUGCUUAAAGGGAUACAUACAGCUGUGUCAUGUGUAUCUACGUUGUGUAUACAGCCAGAUUUUCUGAUUAUCCCUGUGUUUUCAAUUUUAAGAAUAUAGAUUUUUCACUGGAAAUCUAAAAAUAUAGUUUUGGAAAGUGCUGCACUGACAUUACUGAUUAUUUCUGUAUCAAUAAAGAAAAUUUGAUGAAGAA